UAUUUUUGGGGCUUGUUAGAGUUUCAGACGCUAUUACCUUUUGAAGUCCAACUACGUCUCUACUUCUGGUUUAUAACAAUAUCCAACAUGACAUCUUCGGUAACUCGCACAACUAACUCCAGGUCGCCAGGCCCGCUGUGGAGAGCGCUGAAAAGGCGCGCUGUUGUGACACACAAAGGCGUGGCUGCGGGAGCAAGGUGAAUAUAAAGUGAAGCUGAACACCCGCCAGCGCCCAAGCUGUAGAGUGCAUCAUUCAACCUCAAUUGUUUUAGCUUUCUUUUUAAACUCUACAUCACCAUGGCUUACACACUAUACAUCACAAACAAGCGAUAUUCGUCCUGGUCUAUGCGGCCAUGGGUCCUCCUCCACGCACUCAAUAUCCCGUUUGAGGAGAAGCUGGUGUACGCUGAAGCGAAGCAGCGCCAGACAAUCUUUUACGAAUUUUCUCCCACUGGUCUCGUUCCAUGCUUAUACGACGGCGAAGAAGGCCAUGCAGUCUGGGAAUCUCUUGCCCUGUGCGAAUACAUUGCCGAGAAGCAUCCUCAAGUCUGGCCCUCGGAUCGCAUCGCCAGAGCCUUUGCACGCAGCGCAGCGGCGGAAAUGCACGCAGGCUUCCACGCUAUUCGCAAUGAGUGCGGCAUGAAUGUUGGCCUGCGCAUAGAUAUUGGCACGCCUAGCGCUGCCCUACAGAAGGACCUGGACCGCUUCACGGAACUGUUCAACCAAGGCAUCGCCAAGUUUGGAGGCCCUUGGUUAGCUGGCAAGGAAUUCACAGCCGCCGAUGCUUUCUUCGCCCCAAUUGCUUCGCGACUCAACACCUAUGGCCUCCACCUGGACGGCGAAGCUCAGAAAUAUAUGGAUCGGCUCUGGGAGCACCCCGCAGUGCAGCUGUGGGUUAAGCAGGGCCGCGUUGAGACGCAGCGGGAACCUUUUCACGAGAAGGAGGCACUGGCUGGAGAUCGAAAAUUGCUGGAGGAGUACUAGUGGCAUUAUCUCUUUCUUUAGCUUCUAUGUACGUCAACUAUAAAAAUAUAACAUCUACUGCCCUACAGAGGAAUACGAAUAAGAGACAUAGGUACACACAGGGCUAGCCUCUGAUAAACAAAGAAUUAGUGUCUAACAACAGUGCUAUUUACAGUGGCUAGGUAAAAUGCUGUAAUUCUCGUUCCAACAGUACAAUACAGUUAUUCCAAAUGUGUAUUUUAUACAAACUGUAUGCGUAUUGUGUUCCUAAAAACUCGAUGUAUAUAAUCAAGCCUAG